AUGUCAGCGGUGGCCUUUUCUCGUUCGCCGCUUAUGAUCAUGAUUCAGCACACCGAGAUGGACAAACUCGUCCGUUUCCACGCUCUGCACUUCCCCAACCAAGUCACCCCAGAUUUAGUCAACACACCACGGGAAGCUACGGCGGAGGCGGAUCGCAAACAAAACCCUCCCAGCGACACUGAUGACGGAUUAGGAUACUACGAAGACGGGGUCAAGAGGACGCUGACGGACGAACAAGUCAAGAUGUUCCGCCAUUCCGAAAUCCAACGACUUCUGAGCGGAAGAAGGGCUGCAAAAGAGAAAGAGAACCGGCAAAAGAGACGGCAAGAACAUGGCUCAGACACCCAUGCGCCGCCGAAGGAAAGAAAACGGCGAUUCCAAGACGAUCCAGACGCAGGUCGAGCCGACAUCAACACGUUAACAUAUGAUGAUCCGCCACACCAGGAGGUAAAAGGGAAACCGAUUGCGGAGAAAUUCAUAUGGCCAACACUACCCAGAGCGUGA